GACGAGGAGCCAUUGAGAGUAACGCAAGUUCAACUACUAGACGAACCGCUGUCCAAUCAGCAGUCAGCCGUUUCCAUGGCAACACUGCUAGCUAGGGUGCAUAUGUGGAUGAAGAAGGCAGAGUUUAUGAAGGGACCGGUGACAGUACACUGCAUGAACGGUGCGUCAUCAGCCGGCAUCUACUGCGUCUGCAGCUACGUGUUUGAUCAGAUAGCUGCUGAGGAGACGGUCGACAUCCUGAAAGCUGUCAAGGUCGCGAGGUCAAGCCGACCUCAGUUCAUCGAAAACUUUGAUCAGUACAGAUUCUGCUACGACGUGAUCAAGGAAUACCUGGAAUCAUAUUCCGUGGUGUGAUGCUGAUCACAUCACGGCACGUGGAGAAGCUGGUACCUUAUUAUAGACUAAACGUGGUGCUAUAUAGUAAGCAGUGUAACAGUCAGGAGAUAUAAAAAUUAUAGGCCUACACACUAUUUUACAUAUUUACCUAUCAAACAGCACGCGCGUCGUAUCUGUUGCUAUACUGUAUAAUUAGUGACCUUUCUGUGCAACACAAGAGUCAGCGCGAGGUAAUCGUCAUUGAUUUCUAUGCGAAAUGAUUCUUACGAAUGUGUUGAAUUUACCACUGUGUCAAAUUUGUAUUCAUGCAAGUAUUUAAACGUUAAGAUAUAUUAUUGUAAUUUUGAGAUGCAGUUUAUUUAUUCACCCGAAUGACGUGGUAGUAUUUUUGUUUCUGUUUCGGUGAGGCUUCCAUGUUAGUGUAAGAUAAUCAGACGCAGUUGGUAAAAUGUGUUUUUGAAUCCACUUAUAAUAGCUACAAGCUCUACCUACUACUAUGUUCUUACUCGGUUAGCGAUAUCAACAGGGCAGCUUAGAUUUAGUAGUUAUAUUUCAUAUAAGAAUAUGGGGAUCUGGACAUGGAAACCAUAUACAAGACUAGGUCCGUCGGCUCCACUUUAAUAUUUAUAACCUUAAGAAUUUAUACAGCAUUUCGUAAACACAUGCGAAUGUCGAAUGGAACCUUUUUCUGAGCAUAACUUUC